AUGUACCACCUUGAGAACGCCAUCCUGCCUCUGUCCCCAUACAAAUUCCGAUCAGACUGGAUUUUCACCUCCAACCCCAUGCAUGCUCCAUCCAUUCAUCCAUCCAUCCAUCCGGGCAGCAGAUAUCCCACGGACGUCCUCGGUGAGGAUCCAACCGUCGAUCAUACCCGUAUACGAUCGGCUACCUGCAAUGUGGCUGUGGAAGAGCCCAAGAGCACUUUGGACUGCAGCCAACCAGGAGCUUCGCCCCGGCCAAGGGACGCAGUUGGUUGUGCCACAGACACCAGCAUCUUACAUAAGCCAGCUGCUGCCUGA